AUGGGGUCGCCAGCGCAACCGAAACUUCCAGCUAAAGCGACGAAAAAAAGACGUAGAGAAGAUGAGGAAGACGUCCUUCCCACUAAGCAGGCAGCUCCCACAGCACCAGCAACCGCAGCGAAUGAUGGAGGUAGCAAAAAGAAGAAACGGAAGAAAACGAAGCAGAUCGUCGAAGAUCCAAAAGAUGCAGACAAGAAAGAUGGCAUAGACGAGUCUAUUGGCAAAAUGGACGGGCCUCUCCUGGCAGAUUUCUUUGCGCAGCAGGCAAAAAGGCACAACAGCGAAUUGACCGCGGUUGAAUUAGAUGAUGUCUAUGUUCCAGAGCAUGCAUUCCUAGACACGACGUCUUGGAAAUCACCAAGAAAGUUAGAGAAUCUCCCUGCAUUUCUCAAGGUUUACAGUAGGAAGAAAGGUAGUCCUGAUUCGCUGUCAACUGCCCCUGAAGAAAAAGGCAGCCCACAUACGAUUGUGAUUACACUCGCGGGCCUUAGAGCGGCCGAUAUUACGAGAGCGCUUCGGCAAUUCCAAAACAAAGAUUGUACUGUCGCUAAGCUAUUCGCCAAACAUAUCAAACUGGCUGAGGCUAAAGAGUUUGUAAAGAAAACGAGAGUUGGUAUUGGGAUUGGUACUCCUGUUCGAUUGAAUGAUUUGGCUGCCUCUGGCGAAUUGAGUCUUACACAUCUCAAACGUAUUGUCAUCGACGGCUCAUACGUCGACAAGAAGAAGCGGGGAUUGUUGGAUGGGCAGCAAGAGCUGGAAGAGAAUGAAACGACCCGGGGUAAUCUCCUGAUCUGCCUGAUUGAAUACCAUACUUCACGGUUAUUUCCGGAGCUGGCGGCGGUUUUAAGAGCCAAUAUGGCUGAAUGGGUCGGUUGGAGUUUUUCGAGUAUCGAGUUCACGCUCGGAAAUCUAUCAGCCGCAAAAAUGGGCGAUAAGCGGAAACGGAGCCAGUUACUGGCUGAAGAUGAUGCGGUCGAAGUUGCGGAAGUGAAACAGAAGAAACCCAAGAAGAGCGACAAGGAGAGGAAAGGAGAUAAAUCAAAGAAGGAGAGGAAGGAAAAGACAGGAAAGAAGCAGGAUGACGAGGAAGUUCAGGACAAUGUUGAGGUUAAUGGCCUGGGCAUGGAUGUUGAAAUGAAGGAUAGUGAUGAGGCGACCCCAUUGGUAAAUGGUACUGCAGGAGAAGAAGCUGAGAAUAAGGCGAAGGAGGCGAAGAAGGGGAAAAAGGAGAAGAAGGAAAAGAAGGAGAAGGAGAAGAAGGAAAACAAAGAAAAGAAAGUUAGGGAAGCCGAUGAAGUGGUGGAAGAGAGACAAGAUAAGAAAAAGGAGAAGAAGGAAAAGAAGGAAAAGAAGGAAAAGAGGAAGGAUAAAAAGGACGUAGAAGGCAAGGAUAAGUUGUCAAAGGAGGGUGAGGAGAAGGGGGAGGGGGAGCAGGAAGCAGUGCCAGGAAAUUUAGAGAAUCAGGAGAAGAAAAAGAGCAAAAAGAGCAAGGAUAAGAAGGAAAAGAAGCGGAGCAAAGAUAAGAAAGAUAAAGAGGGCGUUAUGCUCCCUGAACACGGGGACAUGACCGAAAAACCCGCUGCUGUUGAAACUGAUGCUGCUGAGGUGAAUAGCGUUGAUAAAACUAUCGAAGGGACCAAUGGACACGAUGAAGAGAAGAAAAGCCAAAGAUUCAUUGUAUUCAUUGGUAACUUGCCGUUCCAAACAACUCUGGAAGCCGUGCAAAAACACUUCGCAAAAAUCGACCCCAGCCAUGUCCGACUCCCCAGUGAGAAAGGCGGGAAGAAAGGCCGUGGCUUCGCCUUCAUCGAAUUCGACCAUUACGAUCGCAUGAAGACGUGUUUGAAGCUGUACCACCACUCCUUAUUCGAUGAUGGCAAGAAUCCUGCCAGGAAAAUCAAUGUUGAAUUGACUGCUGGUGGUGGUGGCUCGAAAUCCGAAACUCGUAAAGCGCGCAUCGUGGAGAAGAAUACAAAACUCUCGGAACAACGUGCUCGCGCAGCAAAAGAAGCUCUGAAACAGAAAAAUAAAGCCGAUGCUGCUAAGCCGGCUGAUGAUGCAGAGGCAGCGCCAGUGAAGAACGAUAUGGACGAUGUGCAUCCCACUCGGAGGAGAUGGGUUCCGUGUCCCUGA